AUGAGGAAAUCAAACAGAGUCAAUAAUGGUACCGUUUUUGACCACCUACACAAGGAAGAGAAGAUCAACUUAUCAUGGAAAACUCGUCUACAGAUAGCAACAGAGGCAGCUAGAGCUCUAGAUUAUUUGCACUCAGGUUCCACAAUACCAAUUAUCCACUCAAAGGUCUCAAGUGGCAAUAUUCUCCUUGAUGACACUUAUACUCCCAAAUUAUUGUUUGAUUUUAGGAAUCUAAGUUUGAGUUCGAUGCAUGAAAUUGGAUUAGAUCUUUAUUAUUUGGACCCAGAGUAUAUUCACACAGGCCAACUUACUGAGAAAAGUGACGUGUAUAGUUUUGGUGUCGUUCUCGCCGAACUGAUAAUAGGGGAGAAAACAAUUCAUGUUGAGAAACCAGAAGGGGGAUUUCCCCUUCUUGCUAAGCAGUUCAUCUUAACCUUGGAAAAGAAUUGCUGGCUUGAUAUUCUUGAAACUGGGAUUGUGAAUAAAGAAAAUGAAGACGAAUUCAUCCAAGUUGCUCUACUUGCAGCAAAGUGUUUUGAGACUUCAUGCAAAAGAAAGGCCUAG